CCGGCUCCGUUCGCCGCCCUCCCGACAAGCGGCUCCCGCCCCGUCCCGCGCGGCUCCCCGGGGCCCGGCAGCCGCCGGUCCCACGGCGGUUUCCGACGGCAGCGCGGCCCCGGUGCUCCGGCUGCGGGUCUCGGCGGGGAGCCCGGCCGGGAGCAGUCCCCGGCAGCAGCCGUGGGCUGGGCCCGCCCCGCCUCGAGGGCCCUGGAUGGCAUCGCCCGGCGCCGUCUGGGGCCGGGACCAGGGUCGGCGGGGCGGGGCGGGGGGGCCGCGGGCCGUGCCGGCGGGGCGCGGGGAUGCCCUGCCUCCGUGCCGAGUGGCGCGGGGGCCUCGCCUUCCCCUUCACCCGCCGCCCCCCGGCACUCCUCCCCCGCCCCAAGGAGGCCACAGCCCGCCCGGCGGCGCCGUGCCAGAGCUGCCCGCACCGCCCCGGGGCCGGGCGGGAGCGCAGCGCCGUGCCGGGGCCCCGGGCCGGCAGCCCCAUGCACCCGCCCGGCGCCCCGCUCGCCAUGGCCGAGGGCGCCUUCUCGCUGUCCGCGCAGGCGGCGCGGAGCCCCGGGGGAAACCCGUCGAGGCUGCACAGCAUCGAGGCCAUCCUGGGGUUCACCAAGGAGGACGGGAUGCUGGGCCCCUUCCCGCCCGACGGCAGCGCCAAGGAGGCGGACCGGCGCGGUGCCCGGCACUGCCUCCCCAAGAUGCCCGGGGAGCCGCCGCCGGCCGAGCCCCAGGCCCGCGCCGAGCGCUUCCAAGAGCCGUACUGCCCCGGCAGCGCCAGCCCCGAGCUGCCCGCCGGCAGCGGCGGCGAGGGGAAGCCGUCGGACGAGGAGCAGCCCAAGAAGAAGCACCGGCGGAACCGCACCACCUUCACCACGUACCAGCUCCACGAGCUGGAGCGCGCCUUCGAGAAGUCCCACUACCCCGACGUGUACAGCCGCGAGGAGCUCGCCAUGAAGGUCAACCUCCCCGAGGUCCGCGUCCAGGUGUGGUUUCAGAACAGACGGGCCAAGUGGAGGCGGCAGGAGAAGCUGGAAGUGACCUCCAUGAAGCUGCAGGACUCGCCCAUCCUCUCCUUCAACCGCUCGCCACAGGCAACACCCAUGGGUCCUCUCAGCAGCAACCUGCCCCUGGAGACGUGGCUCAGCCCACCAGUGCCCAGCAGCACGGCCCUGCAGAGCCUGCCCGGCUUCGUGUCCCCGCCGCAGAGCCUGCCCGGCACCUACACCCCACCGCCCUUCCUGAACUCUCCCGCAGUGACCCACGCGCUGCAGCCGCUGGGGGCUAUGGGGCCACCGCCGCCAUACCAGUGUGGAGCCACCUUUGUGGACAAGUUCCCCUUGGACGAGGCAGACCCCCGCAACACCAGCAUUGCUGCCCUGCGGCUGAAGGCCAAGGAGCACAUCCAGUCCAUCGGCAAACCCUGGCAGACAAUCUGAACUUCCUCUUCGGCCCCCGGGAGAAACCCGCAGGGAAGGCUGCUCCUGGGGCGCCCAAGGGACACCCUCGCCCUGCUCUCGCUCUGUGGACAGCCAGGUGAAAGAGGGCUGUCCCUCGCACCAGCCUUUCCCCCACGCCUUGACUUGCUUUGUAUUUUGUGGUCCUUUUAAUUCCCUUUUCCACGUGCCCUGCAGAGUUAGGGCCCUGAUCGUAGCUUAGAAGAGAAAACAAUCUUUGCUCUCCCUCCUUGGCUGGACACUUUAGUUGCAAUAAAAGCUACAGUAGGGUGAGGAGCUGUGUAAGGUGCCUGGAAAACCGAGGCCUGCGUUGCCUGGGGAGGGUUUUCUGCUUUUGCUGCACCCUCACAUGGCGCAUCCUGCAUGAGGGCUGUGUGUGGGGCUGUGCACCCAAACGGGCUGCUCGGGCCAGGUCUGCGCUGCCGGGCACCGCGGAGGGUUGGGCCAGGCCUGGCUGCGGGACAUGGGCAGUAGCUGCCGGGCACUGGGAGCAUAGAGCUGUCAGCAGGGCCCACGGGGGCGCAUCCUGCCCAGUGCAGCCCCCGGGGGCCAGAACGGUGCUGAGCCGAGCUGGCUCCCCUGCGCGCGCGGUGCCCAUCGCCAGGCUGCUGAAACCAAAACUGCGGCAUCUUUCUUUUCCAUUAUCUCCGUUACUGCCUGUAAUGGGGCUGAGAAGCUGUAAUGAAACACCCCUUCUCCUCCGCUGGGCACAGGGUGCUCUACACACUCUGGAGGUUGUGGCAAUUAACGUUUCUCAUUAGGGAAGAGAGAAGGAUGCACAAGUGCCCUCAUUGUGUCCUGGGGAUGAUUCAAUGCAGACUGGGAGACCUCUCCUUUCACCAUUUCCCACUCGUUGUGGCCAGACAAAGGCUGGCGUCUAAUUAUAUUUUCACAAUCUGUGCGUAUCUUUUAAGAGUCCUGUCAGAAACAAGUAUGUCAGCUUUGUUCAGCUUCACUUCAGAGAGCUUUUUAACCUUAGACAGCAGUUUCUAAACAUCCCUUCACAGCCUUCUCCUCAGCAGCUCCCACCUAUUGUCUGGAGAGCUGCUUUUACAGAUAAUAACAGGAAUCCCUCUAUUUUGAAAUGCCUUUUCCUCUCUCCCCAGCGUCCCUGCAGGUCCAACCUGCCUCUGGAGCAGAGCUCACCCUGGGCCCGGGCUUCUCUUCCCUGAGCAGCUCUGCUCCGGGGGGUGCAGGGAGCCCCAGCGAGUGCUCCCCAGUGAACUGAGGGGGGAUGUAGCUCUGCUUGGGCCAUGGUGCAUGGCCGCUGUUUGUACGGCCAUGGUGGUGCCCAGCCUUCCCAGCACACUGCUGUUUGCUUCCCUGGCAAAGAAGGUGCCCUGCACUUAGGGAAAGAAAGCGCUGCUGCCCUCAGAACCAGGGAGAUACUUUGCU